CAACCACACACACAAAAAUAUCCAAAUAAUUAAAUAAAUAAAACCAAAUACAGAAGACCUUAGCAACUGCAUAGUAGCACUAUUCUGAAGCCAAAUGUUGUUGAGCAGCCUGUAUUUUAGUACAUCAUCAAGGUAGAUCUGAUUAAAACAGAUGUAUUGGAUAAUAUAUAGGCCUAGUAGCCUACACUUGCAUCUGUAAAUGAAACGUGCACUUUAGCACAUUCACCCCCUUCUGCCUCAGAGAUCAGACGGAAGUUGGCUACCAGAGACUGUAACAGAGGUGUCAGCCUAAACGUUUGUUCUUACCAUACCUAACCUUUUGUUCCUACCGGAUUAUUUACAUUAUUCAGUAUUUGCAGUGUAUAAUUCUCUUUGAACACGACUAUCUUGAGAGGAUAACGUCCUGCUAAACGGAUAAAACACACUGGCUGGAGUUAGUGGUGUUUCGUUCGAGAACGACUCGCUGUUGUUGAAUGAAUCUCAAAAGUGAACGAAUAGUUCUGAACCAAUUCAUAUUUUUCGUUUAUUUAAAUCCCUUACUCACGUCCGCCAUCUACUGGAGAAACUAUAUGACCUCUAACACGGUUAGCAUGAAGUGGAGAAGGGUCCUGUGGACAGGAGGUGACUGAGAGAGCUCUAACCGCAGUGCUGCAGAUGUGCUUCGGCCUUGCACGCACUAGAAACCUCACGAAUCAUCUUGUGAACACAAUGCCCAUGCAGACUUUUGUGCUUAGCAACAAAAAUAAGUUUGAUGCUUUUUUUAGUCUUUGGUGUGGAGAACAUUAAGUAGCUAUUUCUUUCACAAUUUAGGAAUAUUUUUUAAAUGUAUUAAUCACUCAGACUAAGCUGCAAAGUAUAUUUUUACAACAUGAGAAAUGUUUAAAAAGAGCAUCAGUAACCUGAGGAGAUAAAAGCUUUUGUAUGAGCGGUCAUUGGCUGAAUCUUCACCACAUGCUCUGUUUGUGAACUGAAACCUCAGUAACACCACUUGCACUUCUAAGAUGCCCCCAAACAAGCUGGGUUUAAUCUUGCUCUUCAUUUGUGUUGAAGGUGUGUUUGGUGCUGAUACAGAUGUAAUGAAGUCAGUAUCAGUAACUGAGGGAGAUUCUGUCUCUCUAAACACUGAUGUUACUGAAGUACAGAGAGAUGAUCAGAUACUGUGGAUGUUUGGACCUAAAGAGACUCGUAUAGCUGAACUCUAUAAGCAGAGCAUUGAUAUGUUUAGCAGUAAUGAGAUAUUUGGAGACAGACUGCAGCUGGACUCUUUCACUGGAUCUUUGAUCAUCAGAAACAUCAGAACCACAGACUCUGGACUUUAUAAACUACAGAUCCGGAGCGACAGAGGAAACUCAGACAAGACAUUCAAUAUCACUGUUUAUGCUCGUCUGCCUGUUCCUGUCAUCACUAAUAACUCUUCAGACUGUUCUUCAUCAUCAUCAGUAUCAUCAGUGUGUAAAUGUUCACUGCUGUGUUCGGUGGUGAAUGUGAGUCACGUGACUCUCUCCUGGUACAAAGGACACAGUUUAUUGUCCAGCAUCAGUGUGUCUGAUCUCAGCAUCAGUCUCUCUCUUCCUCUGGAGGUGGAAUAUCAGGAGAAAAACACCUACAGCUGUGUGAUCAACAAUCCCAUCAGAAACCAGACUCAACAUCUGGACAUCAGUGAAGUCUGUCAGACAUGUGGCUUUUGUGGCAAUUUUGUGAGUGUGACUCCAUCCCUGAUUUAUGCUGUGGUGGGCGUGGCCGCUGUUGCUCUUCUUGUUUGUUAUGUCAAAUCAAGGACGGAUUGGAAAAAGAAAAAGCCACCAUCACAACCUCACUGACGCGAUUCUCUCCUAUAGACACCAGGUGGCAGUAACUCAUAAUUGUUCAAUCAAAUCAUGUACACUUCCCAAUGUAAAUAAAAUAUGGCAAACGUGCUUCUUUGUAGUCUACCAAAAUAAUUUUUUCAUUAAAUAAUCAAUUACACUGUAUGCAAGAC